CAACAUUUAAAAUUAUAUUAAAUACAACAUAUAGAUCUAGAUCUAGAUUUAUAUUUAUGAAAUUCGAUCGUCCAGAAGUUUACUUGCAUGUUAUGUUCAUCAGAGGCUGAAAUGGGCUCUAAAGCUUCGAAAAUCAAAAUUAACGAACCGACUAAGAUUGAACGUGGUCAACCAGGCAAGUGUGGCCCUGGCAAGCACGGAUUUGGUGGAGACUCCAUAAAAUAUAGUCUCAGUCCAAAUGGAUGCUUUAUGGGAGAUAGCAGUCCAGAGGCUUACUGUCCAGAUGGCUUCAGGUUAAAUACUAGCAGACCACAUACUGUAAGACACGAAAAAAAGUUGAGGUGCAUACCACCUAGGAUUGAUCUGCUACUGAUUGGAAAAACCGGAAACGGAAAAAGUGCGACUGGAAAUACCAUCUUAAGAAAACGGACGUUCGAAAGCGGGUCAACUACGUCUUCAUUAACAAAAAAUUUCUACAGCGCGACUGCAGAACACAAAGGUCGUUCGUUAAAAGUCGUGGAUGGUCUGACAGUUUGUGAUACCAGGCUGAGCAGAGAACGGUCAGUUGAGCAGACAACUGAGGCCGCUAAGCUGGCUCUGGCAGCCAAUCCUGAAGGCUAUCAUGCCUUUCUUCUGGUCCUUAAAUAUGGGAACAGGUUCACUCGUGAAGAAAAAGACUCCGUUGAUACUUUAAAAAAAGUUCUUGGAAAUAAUUUUCUAAGAAAAUAUUGUAUUAUAAUUAUUUCCUGUGGGGAUAUUUUCAAGCAAGAACAUCGUGGAAAGGUUGACAAGAGAACGACCUUCCCCCAAUGGUGCGAAAAACAAGACGGCGCCUUUAAAGAUUUGAUAGAAGAAUGUGAGAAUAGGAUCAUCUUAUUCGACAACAGCACUCAGGUCAAACAUGUAGUAAUCAAACAAAUCGAAAAACUAAUUAAAAAAGUCGAUGAGUUACUUAGCGCUCGCCGCUAUACCAACAAGAGCUUUGAAAAAAUUCAGAUCCAAAAUCUGAUCCAGGAUGAAACUAGACCAGAAGUCGAGCUGACACAAGUCACCAACAGCCGUAUUCAGAAUGAAGACUUGGUGUCAUGUGAAAGUAGCCAAAGUAUGCCUGUUACGUAUUCACCACUUGACUGCCCAGAUUCUCCACCCAAAUUGGCAUUCGAGCUGAAAGAUAAAAGUGAGGAAUACGGAAAUCUGAUUAAAGGACUCGAACUUAUUAAGAAAAAACAACAAGAAAUCGAAGAGAGUUUCCAGAAAAAAUUUGAAGAAAUUGAGCAGAGAAUGCGAGACAAAGAUGGCGAGUAUCGAGAGACAGCAGAGGUAUUGGAACAAGGGGCAGUAGACUUAGUCACACUUGACAAGAUGUUGAGUCAAACCAAUACUGUUCAGGUCAUACUGACCAAGCAGGAAGAAUUUUCUGGAGCUCUUCAAGACCUGACUCAGACCUUGGAAUCUCUACAAAAAAAGUUUUCUGACGAAAGCGCUUUCUCUCGUAGGUGUAUUGAAGAAAUACAACAAAGUCGACAACAGGAAGAAGAAAUGAAACAGGUCUUCGAUAAAGAGCUGAAAAAUCAAAGGGAGGUUUUUGAAAUUCAAAUUGACGACUUAAAAGGUGAUGAGCAGCAAUGGAGUGAAAUAGAACGCAAUCAUCAGAAGAGGUUUGAAGAUCUGGUGCAAGAGAGGCGAGACACGGAGCACGGAGAGGGAACGUUUGACGUCAAAAAUAAUCUUUUGUAA